CACGCGGUGACUGGUACAGAAAAUCCCGCGACCUAGUGCCUAGUACAGCACUUCCGCCACUGUUCAUACAUUGUUUGAAACGUGUUUCAAACGUUUUUGUAUUACAAAACUAUUUGAUCUAACGAAAUAAACAUGAGCAAAGCACACCCGCCCGAGCUGAAAAAGUUUAUGGACAAGAAGCUUUCACUGAAACUCAAUGGUGGCCGUCAUGUUCAGGGCAUCUUGCGUGGAUUUGAUCCCUUCAUGAAUCUGGUCGUUGAUGACUCGAUAGAAAUGGCUCCUGGGGGACAAGUGAACAAUAUUGGGAUGGUGGUGAUCAGAGGAAACAGUAUAAUCAUGUUGGAGGCUCUCGAACGAGUAUGAGGAUGAUGCCCACUUUCUUUUCCUGCUUUUCUGUUUUUUUUUUUUUGUAUCCAGCAAAUGUCAAAAUUGACUUCUCAUGUCUGUUUACAACAAAGACUAAAUAUUAAAGCAGAAAUCAUUGAUUGUGUUGAACAAUAUUGUUUUGUAAACACCUUCCUUGUUUUUAUGUAUUUUCCUACGUCUAGAAAUUUGUGUACACCAUACAUACAACAUUUUUGUGAAUAAAUGGAAUGGAAGACUA